GCAACAGGCGUGCAUAGCUGCUGACUGCCAUGAUGGCCUCAUCUGUCCUGUGGGUGUCGUUGUUGUUGUUGGUAUGUGUCCAUCACUUAGAGGCGGCCAAGAGGGUCAAUGCAAGGCAGGUACUCCUCGAAGGCCUCCCUGAAGUUGUACCAGGGUACACCAGAAGGAGGUCAGCCCGGGACACGGAGACAACCAGGACCCGCAACAUGAGGGAGGUGUUCCAGCUAGCUGGUGGGGAAUCGUUCCAGGAAACAGAGGAAGCCAACACUGUGCAAGGAACUCGACAGGUCAAAAUGAAAGAAAGGUACCAUGGCCAAGAAGUGUUUGGCGCAUCAGUGACAUUGACCAUGACUGAAGAGUCCGGGGUGGUAGUUGAUGCUACUGGAGAUUAUGUUAAUAACAUUGAGGAAGACGUUGACGAGUCUAGAGGAAGCAUCACUGAAGACGAGUUGUUUGCUAUAUUGAUUGCUUAUGCUGGUGACCAAAGUAGGACGGGGGAUAUAAAAGGUAGGAGUAUCGCGUAUGAGGUAUACACAGACGAACAUGAUGUGGCCCAUCAUGUUGCCAUUGUUGAAUAUUUAAUUGAGACUGAUGAUGUUCAGAAACGUCCUAGGGGUAUCAUCGACACGAGGACUCGGGAAGUUAUGACCUAUUUUGACAGCUUGGAGACUUGCUUUGAUAGGGAGGAUGAAGAAAUGAUCGGCGGAAAUAAGAAAAUAGGCAUCAUCCAUUAUGAUGGUACGCAUAGAUGUUUGGAUUUAAGACAAGAGAAUGGAAUAUGUUAUUUGGAAAAUGAGCAUGUUAAAGUGAUUGACAUGAACAACUCAGCCAUAGAGAGAUCAACGGGGGUGGCACGUUUCGAUUGUGCUGGGAAUCUUAAUGACAGUAUAAAUGGUGCAUAUUCACCUGCUAUAGAUGCUCUGUACUAUGGCACUCAAAUAGUAAAGAUGUUCAAGGAGUGGUACGACACAGACCCAAUCAGAGGAGGACUUACGCUCAGGGUUCAUUUUUCACGAAACGUCAUGAAUGCCUUCUGGAACGGCCAGAACGUUUCCUUUGGUGAUGGCAGGCGAAGAUUUAUCUACCCACUAGUUUCCCUUGAUAUUGCUGCCCAUGAAAUAGCCCAUGGUUUCACCGAGCAACAUUCUGGUCUCAUCUACAUUGGACAGUCAGGAGGACUCAACGAAGCCUUUUCGGACAUGGCUGGAGAAAUGGCAGAAUUGUACACCAAUGCUACUGACUGGCAGGUUGGUGCUGACAUCAUGUACAGACGGCCCAUGCGGUUCUUUGCCAACCCUGAGAAGGAUGGAAGAUCGAUUUCCCACAUGGAUAAAUUUUCAAACAGAAUGUCUCCACACACGACGAGCGGUAUAUACAAUAAGGUGUUCUACCUCUUAGCACACGAAUAUGGCCUGAAUCCUAUAGAAGUCUUCCGGGUGUUCCUCCAUGCUAAUAAGAUGUACUGGCAACCCAUGACCAACUUUAUCAGCGGAGCGUGUGAUGUGAUGCAGGCAGCUUAUGACAUGGGCCAGCCAGGAGAACCUUUUGUCAGAGCGUUCCAAGAGGUUGGGAUCGAGGUUUGUGAUGUGGAAGACCACCUGCUCCAUCUGAGGCUUAACCGGACUAAAGACCAAAUCACCGUCUCCAAUGAAUCCAGUCCGGCUUUUGGUAUAGAUCUCCCAGACUGGAGUAAGGAGAUCCUCGUCGAGGCAACGAGUGACAGCGGAGAUGACAUAACCAUCACGGUGUUCAGUGAGCCAUGGAAGCAGAUUAACGACUCCACUGUUCCACUGGUCCAGAGCUCUAAUCGCGUCACGUAUGACGUGAGUGGUGCAGGACCGCAUUUCUACGUCAUCCGACUGUCAACCGGGGGAUCUGCCUCGACAAAUGUCGGCCUCACUGCAGGAUAUACUUGCCAAGAGAACUACUCGACAUCGAACCACAAGUUCACCUUGUACUACAACAAGGAAUGUGGAAAUGCAUGAAUAACAGAAGGAGGAUGGGUGGUAGUAUGCUAUCAGGACAUAAAAGAACUGGUGAUGCAUUUAAUGCGAGGCGAAGCGGGACCUCACAACCUUAUACCAGUACUUUUAGGUGCUGAUAAUAUGCAUUUCACCCUGACGUGAAUCAAAGCUAAACAUACUCAAAGGGAAAAGCACUUUUUUCCUCUAUUUCUGUUAUUUUCUUUGGAGAUGCAUAGUGUUGUGGUGUGAAAUUUGGCUGAAGAUUUUAUAUAAUUUGUUUAAAACAGUAUUCUUUUCACACCACGAAAUUUAUAACUGAAAUUCUCACAAGCGAGUUAUGGAGAAAUGCUUACGUUUGUCAUCGAUCAAAUCAAAUAAACCACAGAAAGAAAUUUCAGGACUGACGUUCUCUUUGAUCCUUUAAUGUAUUCAAAAGAACGUCCCUGGUUCUCCUUUGCAAAACGGUUGUUGUUUUUCGAAUACUGAUCAAACCGUAAAAGCAAUAAUCGCAUAAUUAUCAUUUUCAGUGAUCAAUUUAGAUGUAUGUGACCACUUACUUUUGACUUUGAAUAUGUGGCGAAACUCAUCAUAAAACUGGUGUCGCUGACAGCCAUGAAAAGUGUGAAUGUCGUGACUUUUGUCAUGGCGGUAUACAUGUACUCAACGUGCUCACAUCUUGAUACCUUAUUUGGCAAACGUCUAUUAAAUGUGUAAAAGAUGGAAACUAAACUGAAGCGAAAGUAAAACUUGCUGAAAUGGACAUGAGGUACAUCUGAAACUGCCUCGCAUGUUGAAAAACUGUGUAAAUGCGUCGACUACAUAAAAUACCAAUAAACCUUUAUCUAUAUUCAUUUGGUAGAUAGAAGUCACUUGAUUUCUUCAACGUCUGUCCUUGCAUUGAGAAGAACAAUUCACGUGUACAUUUUGUGAUCAUGUUAUGUUUUCUUUGUUUUUUAACGCUACAAUCAUCAAUAUUCCUGCUAUGUGACGGCGGCCUGUAAAUAAUCGAGGCUGGCAGACAGACCGGUCAAUGAUAUUAUGUGCAGUGUCUCGCGCCGUUGGGGUACGAUGACAACCAAGUCACCAAGCCUGACCAAUCGAUCCAUUUAAUCGCCUUCUACGACAACCAUACGUUGCCGGGGACCAAUUCUAACCUGGAAUCCCGACGUGACCAUCGUCCUUUAAAGUUAUUUGUAUCAGUCAAACUUCGUAAGACAUCACAUUAGUUUAUACUAUGUUCAAUAUUAGCUUCCAUGUCCCAUGUCCGCUAUUAAUGUGUUUAUGCUUGAAAAGAAUAAAACUGUCUUCAUUUUUAAUAUAUAUUCAGAUGCUAUUUGGACAGUGUAUUUUGUUCUAUAUAUGAUUCCUAUUCUAUAUUGUAUAAUUCUAGGAAAAGGCCAAUAUUUGGAUUUUACAUAUCUCAAAUAACAAAAGAUUAUACCCAAAUUAUCUCAAGAUGUAAACAAAGAUAUCAAAUAAAUAUGAUUCAUGAU